UCCCCUCCAGGCCAUAGCGGUUUCGCGACAAAAGAAUGGAGAGAAACUCCCUUUGUUCAUUCCUAAAGGACCCAACCUUCUCAUUUAUUUUCUCUCCACACUGAAAGUGCAAGUUCGUCUCUUUAGGGUUCAUGCAUCUUCCCGUCUAGAGCAAACCCAAUCUUACAACUGCGUUUUGUACGAUUUUUAUGUGUAUGAUUGGAAUUCAUUCUUUUUAAUUGCUGGAGCAGCUGAAUUUCAAGCUGGGGUUGGAGCUUAUCUGUCAGUAUGCACAACUUUGAGCUGGAUCAGCAAGAUCAGAGAGAACCUGGUAGGAUUGCUGCUCUUGUUGGCUCCUGUCUACCAGUCAAAUAAAUUACUAUUAGGUGGCUGAGAAGAGGAGGCUGGGACACGGACCGAUUGCUCAAAUCACUACAAGAUAAAUUUAUGAAUUCAUCCAUCUUAAUUAUCCAGAUACCAGAUUUUCUUUUGAACCAUAUUAGUUAGGUGGGCAUAUUACAACUAAGGUAAACUUUCAAUAUGGAGGAUUCCAAUGCAAUGACUAUUGAAUUCCUCCGAGCAAGGUUGCUUUCUGAGAGAUCUGUCUCGAGAAGUGCAAGACAAAGAGCUGAUGAAUUAGCAAAAAGGGUCGAGGAAUUGGAGGAACAACUGAAGUUGGUGACUCUUCAGAGAAAGAAGGCUGAGAAGGCAACAGCAGAUGUUCUUGCUAUUUUGGAGAAUCAAGGGAUGACUGAUUUUUCUGAGGAAUUUGAUUUGGGCUCAGAUGAGGAGAUGCCUGGUGAAUCUGGUGCUGGUAAUGAUUCCUCAAAAGGGGAAGAGAGGGCUCUGAGCUCUAAAGGAAGAAGACAUGAUUCAAAUGAGCUGUCAGGUUCUGAUGCAGAUUCUUCACCAGGAGUUGGCAGAAGCCUAUCUUGGAAAGGUCGUAUCAGUUCUCCACAGUCUUUUGAAAAGUACAAGAAUCAUAAUGUGAGAAGACGCAGUAGUUUUUCAUCCGUUAGUUCAGCAAAGCAUCGCCUUGGAAGAUCAUGUCGUCAGAAUAAGUGUAGAGAAAGCAGAUCAGUAGUAGAGGAAUCUAGAGAUGAGCCUCUCAAAGUUAAUGGCUACAAAAAUGUUGUCCACUCUUCUGAGGGAGGUCCAAAUUGUUCAGACAGUUGUUCUGACACUGUGAGAACAGAAUCUAUAAUUCAGGAAAAGGGUAAAUCAGAGCUGAAGCUAGCUGACGAUAAUUAUAAUGUAGAUGAAUAUGGUGGAGAGAGGGACAUGGAAAAGGCACUUGAACAGCAGGCACAACUCAUUGGCCGAUAUGAAGCAAUGGAAAAGGCUCAAAGGGAGUGGGAAGAGAAAUUUAGAGAGAACAACAACAGUACACCGGACUCAUGUGAUCCCGGAAACUACUCAGAUAUCACUGAGGAAAGAGAAGAAAGCAAGGCCCAGACGCCAUCCUCUGCUAGGGUGGUUACCACAGAAGAAGUUCAUGAGGCAAAAUCAGAAGCUGGUUGUGCUUCUAUAUCCCAAGAAUUGUUUAAAGCUGAAACCAGAGACAAUGUGUCAAAAUCACAUGAUACUGGCAGACACCACAAUCCAAAUAUUGUGACAGUCAGCGGUUCUGACUUGAUUGCUCAAGAUAAUUCAGAUUCCGUGCUGGUGGGGAAUGAGAGCUCAGAAAUAUCCCAUCAUCAGCAGUCAGAUAGACGGCAUCAAGGCCCACAUAGUCUCGGAUCUAAUGAUUCCAAGCCAACUGAUUCUUUUUCCACUGAUGUCUAUGAUGGCCUGGCCCAGAAAGAUCCUUCUAGCAGUUCAAGGAACAAACAUGACCUCUAUGCGUUGGUUCCUCAUAAACCUCAGGAGUUAAGUGGCGUACUUGACUCACUUAGACAAGCCAAGUUGUCACUACAGCAGGAACUCAAUAGGCUGCCCCUAGUAGGUGAUGGUUACACUGGUAAAGCCAUUAAAGCUUUAGGUUCUUCAAGUAAAACUGAGGAGAGAUUAGAUAUUCCCAUUGGAUGUUCUGGGUUGUUCAGGCUACCGACAGAUUUCUCUGAUGAAGCUCCCGGUAGACCAACUGCUAUUAAUUCAGCUUCUCACUUGAGUUCAAACUUUUAUCCUGAUAAAGAAAUUUUAAGAACUUCCGUUAACCAACUUGGCACGGGCCCUUACUUUGGUAGCAGCUCGAGCCCUUACUUGGGUAGCAGCUUGGGCUUCUCUCCGGAUCAUCAUCAAUCUCUCACCACCCGUUCCAUGGAAAGCGGGUCACGAUUUGAGCCUAAGAAGCCUCCUUUUGAUCCUUCUUUGGAUUCAGGCUUACUGGCUUCUAGUAAUAAUAUGUAUCCCACCUAUCCCAUCUAUCCAUCCUAUCAGAAUUUGACACCUCAGAUGCCCUUCAGCGAUGGACUUUCAAGACCUUAUCCGAGUAGACCAGUUGGGAAUCCUCCUGCAGGCCACUUCCCUUUAUAUGAUGAUCAUGCAAGACAAAACAUGUAUAGAUAGGAUUUAGAAGGUCUGUGGUUCCUCUAGGUUGCUAACUUCUACGUCACCCACGUUGUUGAAGUAAUGGUUGUAUUGUUAAUAAGGUGAAUGAAUAUUUGUAUUCUCUAUAGUUGCUUGGGAAGAGGACACUUGAAAAAGGACCCUAUUUGAUCUCUUUGGAAUCUAAACCCUGGUGGAUCACUCAUCUUUCAUUUAUGGAGGUCUAUCUCCAUUUCCC